CUUUCUUUCUCCCAUCACUGUAACUUUAACUUACGCCUGUCUUCCCGAGCGCUGCAUCAUUCGUAAUUACCUCUCGCCAGACUUCCGAGGCGACCUUUACAUCCGAGCCAAAAGUAAGGAAGAAGGCUGUGAGUAAGCACCUACCGCCCAACCUCUGUGAGUCGUGUUCCAGGGGUCUCGUCGGAAGUCGCCAUUUAGCACUGCUCUAUCAGUGUACGGCAUCAAGGAGACAGGCGCCUUGACCGUGGGCCCGCAAACUGACCGAAGUUAGGCUAUGGGAACCUGAAAAGGCACUCUCAAUCUCAUAUCUGUGGAGACCUAUUUGGUGUUUCUUUGGAGUCCGAACGGCCUUAAAUUAUUCGUUGAUACGACCCGUGGUUGCUUUCUCCGACUCUCUGCUCUGCUACGAUGAUUCACGAAGAUAUAACUUACGACAAGGAAUUGCGUCUAGGUGGUGGGAGAACUAGUAGCGUUUUCAGAGGAACUUUGAACGGUGGUAGCGUUGCGGUAAAGGUGCUGAGUGCCGAGGUGUCACCCGAUAAUUUGCUUAAUCGCGUGCAGCAAUGGCAGAAAAUGAAUCAUCCGAAUAUCUCUCAAGUGUUUGGCAUGUCUCCCGACGACCAAGAUCCACUAUACAUCGUCAUGCCAUGCUAUUUUCAGGGGAACAGCCGCCAUUACUUGAAUCAAAACCCAAAUGUCGAUCGACGUAAAAUUGUCUUUCAAACUGCUUUGGGAAUGCAAUAUCUUCAUUCAUGUAACGUUGUGCACGGGGGCCUGAAGCCAUCUAACAUUCUCAUCAAUGAUUCCGGAGAUGCAUGUGUAUCUGAUUGGAGUAUGGUGGAUUUCCAGACAAGUCGGGAUAAAGAAGCGCAUAGGUACUAUAGUCCUGAGGCCUGGAAAGGGACAACGUCGUUUCCAUCCGAUGUUUACGCAUUUGCUAUGAGCGCAUAUGAGCUCUUCACUUCGACACUUCCAUGGGGUGUACUUCCCGAGAAGCACAUAUACCGACUCGUCGUAUAUGAGAACAGUCGACCCGAUCGUCCAGAUCCAACCAUUGAGGCGAGAGCCGGGUUGACUGACCACAUAUGGGGGAUCAUCGAAGAGUCCUGGCACAAGGAAUCCCGCCUUCGGCCAAGUUUCGACAUCAUUAUCCAACUGUGGCAGAGUGCACCCGUCAACGUUCCAGGCAAAGAUGUAGGGGCCCUUUCGUCAAGAUUCAACAAUAUGUCGACUGGGAGUAUCAGAAGUCCGGCACAGUCCAUAAGGUCACUGGAUUCAGGUCCACCGGCGUAUGAAGCGUCUACAUCCAUGGCAGCGCCUUCGGGUUCUCCGGUUUUGCCAGAGUCGGCUCCCGCUCGAUUCAACAUGUCACCUCCUCCGCCUUUUGGUGGGAGGGAUGGCGGUGUACGAAGCGCAAGUCCACGAUCUAAUGGGUCCGUUUCACCUCAGCCUUUAGGACAGCAUGCGUCUUUCCCCUCCUUGUCUUAUCGAGAAAAUCGUCCCAAUGCUCCCUCCAAUUUUGAACCGAUGUCAACUUGGGAUACAAACUAUUCUUCGUUUGGAAAAGCUUACACUCCAAAUCUGCCAGUGUUCCCUGAAGAGGACCCGCACUUCGGCAGGCGAAUUACAUAUGCUCCGUCAUCUGCGCCCCCCACGGGUCUGGGAAGGAGUGACUCUACAGUGUCAUGGCAGCCUAAUCGGCGUGCUUAUGCACCUAGCCAAAAUGCCUCUAUGUCAUGGGACAGGCAGUCCAUCCGUAGCGACAACGUUUCUGGUUCCAGCAUCACACAACCCGUCAACGCUGUUCUAUUGGUUGGCGCACUGCAAUCAGAGGUGCUGUCCACACGGAGCCGUGAUAUGAUCGAUUCGUGUCUCGUUAAAGUGCAUUUCCUUGCUCAGUCCGAUAAAGGCGCGGAGAGAUUGGUUACUGCAAAUAUCGUCCCGACUUUGAUCCAUCUUCUCAAAAUACGAGCAGCGAAUGGAGAAGGCUUGGAGAUAGUCUUGGCUUGUCUUGGUCUCGUCGCUCACGACUCAAUCAGUGCUAAUACGAUUUUCCGCACCAACACCGUCAAUACCUUGAUAGAGCUAGUCAUCUCAUCGCUCUCGCAAGAUGUCGUCACCCUCGCUAUAUGGUGUCUGCAUCGCAUGUGCCGCACCCCCGAAAUCUCCAAUGGGCUAAUCAAGCGAAAUUUAGUCCGCAUACUUAUCGAACGGGGUAUUCGGUCGUCUCUGCUGACCGCCCGAAUGACAGCUUGGUGUCUUGGUAUACUCAUUCAUACCGAUGCUCAAGCGGACCAGCUCAACGACCUUGGCGUCAUUCCCGAACUUGUGGAGUACUUGAGGCGUGCAUCUUCGGACCCCAGUGCGUCGCCGGAUGAUGUAUCUGCGGCAUUGUAUGCCAUAGCACGUAUAGCACGAUCCAUCAAACUUGGCAAAACAUUGGCCAAAGCCGGUUGUGUGGGAUGGCUAUCGGAGCACCUUGCAUCAUCGACAGAGCCUUCGAUACUGUUAUGGGCUGCGCGCGCAGUUGGGUGCAUGAUGCGGCCCAAUAGCGCUGACAUUUCUAAAAUACUCUUAGACGCUGGCAUUGCGAAGGGGCUUGCAAGGUUGCCGAGUGUCCUUCCUUCAGAUGAAGUCGAGCCUCUGGGAUCGUUCGCAUUUGCGGUGCAGAGGUUUAGUUGUGCCGAAUGGGGUUCAGGGACGAGGAAGGCCCUUGUGGACGCUGGAGUGGUGGAUUCGCUUUUGGCUGCCCUAAGGACUGUUGCGGAUGAGCCGAAACCUCAAAUACAUGUGGAGAUGGCACUUGCUGUUAGUUUUUUGGGUGACGUUGGGGGAGCUGCGAUAAGGAAAGAGAUUAUCAGCGCGGGUGGAAUCACUAUUUUGAAGAGGGUGGGCGCCAAUGGGAGUCCAGAGGUGGCUAAAGCAUGUGGGAUGGCAGUGACGAGUAUAACCGGGAAUCUGUGGACAAGAAAUGCUGCGUCUGCAAAAACAGCAAUGACACACAACUGGACUGGCGGAUGCCCGGAUUAUUUUGUGGAGUGUCCAGUCGUCCUUGUGACUCAAGACGCUUUGUAACAAAGUUAAGCUCAUUAUGAUUAUGUCGUCAGUAUUUAAACCUUCGUGUUAUGCUGUAUUUUGAAUUUCCUCUAACACAUCAGCCUAGUAUGUCUAUGGACUUUAUCUAAUACUAAUCCGUCUCGCGGGGCCUCUUACAAUAUCUUUAAAAAGCGAAAAUGUACUAUAUAUUGUUGUAACUUGUAGUAGAAUCACGGAGUGCGGUGCACUUGUUCCAAUUGAAGCUAGAGCCUCGACAGAUACGAGUUCUGCGAGUAUUUAAUAAAGCGGCUUGCCAGGCCAGGGC